AUGCGAACCAAGGAGCAGCCACAAUCUUUCGAUAUGGUCCACCACAAAGAUCUUGGUGCUACUGUCUUUAUUUUGGAUGCGAUCGCCCUUCCCUGGACGGACGGCCUGUCCGAGAUGGAAGCCAAGAUAGCGGACAUGGACCUCGGCGACCUGGAGAAGGCGAUGGGAAGCUGCAAAAUAGCGGUUUCCCUUCCGAGGUUCAAGAUGCUGGAGACGAUUCAUCUCACUGAUCUUCUUAUCGAGAUGGGCAUGAAAGAUCUGUUCAACGAGAAAUCGAGCGACCUGUCAGGUAUAACUGGAAAUCGUCAGCUGUUCAUCUCACAAGUCAUUCAUAAAUAUUUUCUGGAGGUGAAUGAGACGGGAACGGAGGCGGCGGCGGCGACGUGCACACCGACUUUGUGUACUUCUUACGUCCUCUUGAUUAAGAAGCCCAGACCACCGAACUUCAUAGCAGAUCACCCUUUCAUGUUCUUCAUUCGCGACCAACUUUCGGGCUUGGUUCUGUUCAUUGGAAGACUCACCGAUCCAACGGCGUAGCGAGGGUAACGGGAGUGUGGCGGCGAAGAGUUGUGACUUGUGAUUCUGUUGUGUUCGCUGUUUGUUCGCUGUUUUGGUUGUGAGUACUUCUGUAUGCCUGUCCUUCAU